CCCAAGCUCAGCCCUGUUUGUGGUUAGGGGAGUUCUAGAGAGAACAUAAUUGGACCCCUGCUACUUCCUGAAACCUCAGCUAGGACUGCAGGGAGGGGUGGAAGGACAGCCGCACAGGCAGGGCCCUGGGUCAUUUUAAACUCUCAGAGUGAACGUCUUGAUAGGACCGACAAGACGCAUGACAUGUACUUAGAAAGCUUAUCUUAGAGCCACACUGAGAUUGGAACCUGCAAAAUAUGCCAGGGAGGAAGGUGAGCAAGGGGCACAACACUCACACCCGGAGAAACCCAACAAGCGCAGCGAGGCUGUGGGGAGACCGGAGCCCUGCACACUGCCGGCGAAGGUGGGCCAGCGUGGCCACCGUGGAGAACAGCGCGGAGACACCCCAGAAGAUGAGACGGAACUGCCAUGAGAUCCAGCAAUGCCAACUGUGGGUCUGACCCAGGAGAACGGAAAGCAGGGACGUGAACAGACCUCCUCGUGUUCUUAACACCGUUAUUCUCAGCAGCUCAGCUAAGGCUCAGAGGCAGCCUCCGAGCGUCUGUCAGCAGAGUCAUGGAUGAGCAGAACACAGCACACGCCACAUUUGGAGGACUGUUCACAAUGGAAGGGCACAAUGGAAUAUAUAUAUAUAAUUUUUUUUUUUUUUUUGGUGAGACCCUGGAGAACACACUGAAUACAAUGAACACUGUCCUGCCUUUGAAAGGAAGGGAAAUCCUGGCACACGCUGCCACAGGAGGGAGCUUGAGGACAUCGUGGCGAGUGGAGACAUGGAACGACACACGCUGAGGACACGCACAGAUGCCCACCCAGGUGGGGAGGUGACAGGGGAGCCCAGCGCACAGAGACAAAGUGGAAUGGAGGCCUGGGGGCUGGGAGCAAAUGCGGAGUGAGUGCUUCCUGGGACAGAGUCUCUGGGAAGAUGAGAAGGUUCUGCCGACAGAUGUUGGCGAUGGUGGCAGAAGAAUGUGAAUGUGCCCAGUGCUGCUGAAAAACGGUUACAAUGGAAACGCCACCCCAGUGACCACCACUACCCCGUGGGCCUCCCUGGGCCUCCCCGCCAAGACCUGCAACAACGUGUCCUUCGAGGAGAGCAGGAUAGUCCUGGUCGUGGUGUACAGCGCAGUGUGCACGCUGGGGGUGCCGGCAAACUGCCUGACUGCGUGGCUGGCGCUGCUGCAGGUGCUGCAGGGCAACGUGCUGGCCGUCUACCUGCUCUGCCUGGCGCUCUGCGAGCUGCUCUACACCAGCACGCUGCCGCUCUGGGUCAUCUAUAUCCGCAACCAGCACCGCUGGACCCUGGGCCUGCUGGCCUGCAAGGUGACGGCCUACAUCUUCUUCUGCAACAUCUAUGUCAGCAUCCUCUUCCUGUGCUGCAUCUCCUGCGACCGCUUCGUGGCCGUGGUGUAUGCGCUGGAGAGCCGGGGCCACCGCCGCCAGAGGACCGCCAUCCUCAUCUCCGCCUGCAUCUUUAUCCUCGUCGGGAUCGUUCACUACCCGGUGUUCGAGAUGGAAGACAAGGAAACCUGCUUCGACAUGCUGCAGAUGGACAGCACGAUUGCCGGGUACUACUAUGCCAGGUUCACCGUUGGCUUUGCCAUCCCUCUUUCCAUCAUCGCCUUCACCAACCACCGGAUUUUCAGGAGCAUCAAGCAGAGCAUGGGCUUAAGCGCCGCCCAGAAGGCCAAAGUGAAGCACUCGGCCAUCGCAGUGGUUGUCAUCUUCCUGGUCUGCUUCGCCCCGUACCACCUGGUUCUCCUCGUCAAAGCCGCUGCCUUUUCCUACUACAGAGGAGACAGCAGUGCUGUGUGCGGCUUGGAGGAAAGGCUGUACACGGCCUCUGUGGUGUUUCUGUGCCUGUCCACGGUGAACAGUGUGGCUGACCCCAUUAUCUACGUGCUGGCCACGGACCACUCCCGCCAAGAAGUGUCCAGAAUCCAUAAGGGGUGGAAACACUGGUCCAUGAGGACAGACAUCACCAGGCUCACCCACACCAGGGACAUCGAGGAGCUGCAGUUGCCCAUGGCCCUUGCAGACAACUAUACCUUCUCCAGGCCUGUGCACCCACCAGGGUCACCAAGCCCCACAAAGAAGCUGAUUGAGGAGUCCUGCUGAGCCCACUGUGUGGCAGCAGGGGAUGGCAGGUUGGGAGUCCUGGGCCAGCAAUGUGGCUCCUGUCCACUAAGCCCACAUUGCCCAUGUCCCCUCUGGAAGACAAACUACCAAUUUCUUGUUCCUGAAGCCACUCCCUCCAUGACCUCUGGCCCCAGGCUUUCCCACAUGGAAGGUGGCUGCAUGCCAAGGGGAGGAGUGAUACCUCCAGGCUGCCGGGAACCCAGAUUGCGUGUGGUAGGCAGUGGGGCCUCUUCAUCAGCAGCCCUCCUGGCUGGUUCCCUUGGCUGUGGGCAGGGAACAGGGCUGCUGGCAGAGGUACCUGGUGGCUGCCCUGUUCGCAUCAGUGGUGAUGACUUUAUUUGCAGGGCAUUUCUGCAAGCAUUGCUCGGAUGCAGUGGCACAUUGUGGGCCCUCUGGGCUCCUGCCUCAGAACGUCAGUGGGCACCAUGCCGUGGGUCACCCAGCACCGUGGCAGCGCCCAGUAGGGCAUAGGGCAGCCUACCACCUCCGAGGGGGCAGGAGUCCUCAUCUGGGGUUGGGUCUGUGUUGAGCUGGAGGGCCUCUAGGCAGAUGUGGGGCAGGGUGGCCAGCUGCUCCAGCUCCCAGAGGGGCAGCCCAGACAUCCUCAAGCGGGAGCCCCAAAUGUCCACGCCCAGAACGACAGUUGACAGGACAGGCAUGACACAGCCAUGUCAGAGGCAAGGGGUGCCGGGAGUCCCAGCCGCCUCCUUGGGGAGAAGUUGGUGAGGGGUCUGCACAGGGUGGGGCCCCCACCUCCAGCACGUUACCAAGGCAAGAGUGCAGCAUCUGGCCUGCUUGUCUAGUGGAGAAAGCCAGCUCCCUGCACCCUCGGGCAGAGUCAGAUCUGGGUCUGCCCCGAAGGCCUCGCCUAGGCCACGUCACACUGAUGCCCUGGUUUCCCCAUCUGUAAAAUGGGGCCAAUGACACCUACCUCACUGGGUCACCAUCGAGAUCAAUCCUCCUCCCUGCCCUGACACCUGGGGCACAUCGCAUGCUCUCAGAGCACAGAGCCAAGCAGAUGCAGCACCUGGACGGGGAGCCCAGCGCCCAGCAUAGCGCAGGGGCUUCCAGGGAGGCCGUGCAGGGUGAUGGGGCUGAGCCACACUCUCGUUUUGUCAGGCAGCUAUGCAGUUGCUCUUCCUUGUUUUGGUUUUUUUGUUUUUUUAAUAUUUAUUUUUUUAGAGACAGGACUUUGCUCUGUUGCCUGGGCUGGAGAACAGUGGCACUGUCAUAGCUCACUGCAGCCUCAAACUCCUGGGCUCAAGCGAUCCUUCCCCCUCAGCCUCCUGAGUAACUGGGACUUUGACAGGCAUGCACCACCACACCCAGUCAAAACAGCCGUCCUCCCCUUGAGAGUCAUCAGAAAAAUACAUUAGGAAAAUGUGUUUAGAAAUAAAAGCACAAGGCAGGGCGCAGUGCUCACGCCUGUCAUCCCAGCACUUUGGAAGGCUGAGACGGGAGGAUCACUUGAGGCCAGGAGUUUGAGACCAGCCUGGGCAACAUGGGAAAACCUUGUCUCUUUUUUUGGUAUAUAAAAAAAUAAAAAUAAAAGAAAUAAUGCAUUUUAACCUU